AUGCUCUCUUUGCAGGCCGGGGCCAUUGGCCGGACGGCCUUGCGCAGGACGACUCUCCUCGUGCGGCCGGUGUCGUCCUCUUGGCCGUCGGGCGCUGCCGCGCGGAUGCUGUCCUCUUCGCCCCUCCCGCGGCCGCUAGGCCGGGCCAAACUCGGCCUCGUCGUGCCCACGCUGCGCCGAGAGACCUCCUCCAAGCCUCCCAUCCCCACGCGUAAACCGCAGCCUCCUACCAACGCCCACGACGAAGCGGCUCGAAUACCCACGAGCUCGGCGCCGUCGUCACCGUCGGCAUCGCCCGGCGCUGGCGGUCCGCUGGCCGACCCGACUCUGCACGAGGACAUUUACACGCUGCCCAAUAUCCUCACCAUGUCCCGGCUGGUCGCGGCGCCGGUCAUCGGAUACUUUGUGCUGCACGACUCGCAUGCGUGGGCGGCCGGGCUGCUGGCCUACGCCGGCGUGACGGACCUCCUCGAUGGGUGGAUCGCGCGCCGGUGGAACCGCAAAACGGUCGUCGGGACGGUGAUCGACCCGAUGGCCGACAAGGUGCUCAUGACGGUCCUGACAGUGUGCCUUGCCGUCAAGGGAGCGUUGCCAGUAUGGGUGGCGAGCAUUAUCCUCGGCAGAGAUGUCGGGCUCGCCAUCGCGGCCAUUUACUUUCGCUGGAUAUCGCUCCCGCCGCCGAAGACGUUCACGCGCUACUGGGACUUUUCCCUGCCCUCGGCGGAGGUCCGGCCGACCACGAUCAGCAAGUAUAACACGUUCCUGCAGCUAGCUCUUGUUGGCGUGACGACUGCGGCGCCUCUGGUGCCUCUGGACCUGUCGCAGGCUUUGUCGAUCAUGCAAUAUGUUGUGGCUGCGACGACGAUAUGGAGCGGUGCGAGCUACGUGUAUACGAAGGAUGCUGUAAAGAUCCUCGGUGCGCCGAAGAAGCAGAAGAAUAAGCAAUAA